GCAACAAAAUAAGUCAUGUGGUGAAUUACGUAGUAGAGCGAGAAACGCCUGAUUUUUUCGCGUUAAGACCAAAGUUAAUCGGCAGCCAGCCAAAUCGGGCCCCCGUUUCUCGCAUCCCAAAAAAAAGGCCAGAAAAGAAAGCAAACAUCUCAGUCUCCGGCGUACAAAAUGGCGGUUAAUACGUCAAUCAACUGCGCGCCUCCAUUGCAUCGGUUCAGACGUCGCCGCUGGCCGAUCGCUUUCAUCAGCCACGCGUCUUCCUCCUCCUCUCGACCGAUUUGCUUCACCGGAGUUCCCACUCUGAGGCUCGUGUCUGUCCAUUCAAAACCUGGCUCCGAGAGCUCGGCCAUUAUGUCGAAUACCGGAGUUCCCUCCAGGUUGUCCAGUUCGUCGACCGCUGCGCUAUUGAUUUUCCACACUGUUGUCUCGACCACAAAAAGGAAGGGUUGGAUCAAUCACGGGAUAAAGGGUCCUGAAUCAAUUGCUGACCAUAUGUACCGCAUGGCUUUGAUGGCUUUGAUUGCUGGUGACCUUCCUGGUGUGAAUAGAGAAAGGUGUAUUAAGAUAGCAAUUGUCCAUGACAUUGCAGAAGCUAUUGUUGGAGAUAUAACACCAUCAGAUGGUGUGCCUAAAGAAGAAAAAAGCAGACGUGAGCAAGCAGCGUUAACUGAAAUGUGCAAAAUUCUGGGUGGAGGAAUGAGGGCUGAGGAGAUCCAAGAACUGUGGGCAGAAUAUGAAAGUAAUGCUUCUCUGGAGGCUAAUCUUGUGAAAGAUUUUGACAAGGUUGAAAUGAUUCUGCAAGCACUGGAAUAUGAAAUGGAACAUGGGAAGGUGCUGGAUGAGUUUUUCCUUUCAACUGCAGGAAAGUUUCAGACCGAAAUAGGAAAGAGCUGGGCUGCAGAGAUUAAUUCAAGGAGAAAUUCACAAUUGGCAGACAAAGCUAAUUGAUCUGACGGAUUAGGAUCAAUUUUCAUUUUUAUUUAGUUGCUUAGAGAGAAGCGUUUUGGAAUGGAAAAUGAUAUGUGGCAAAAUUUAAACCGGAUAAACGUGGUGUAGCCACCUUCUUCUCUGGCACCAGCGGAGGAUGUCCAACUGUCCUGUCUCUGGAAGCAAGCAAACGGCUCCGUCAUUUGUUAACAUAACCGCCAAGGCUGCAGAACCUGGAAGGCUAGCAUGAUAUGGUUAGUGUAUCCUGUGAUGCGUAGAGUCUUAUGUUACCAGAAAGUUUUUUGUUUGUAAGAAUGGAAAAUCAUUCACCAAUGCUGGAAAUAGAUAGAGGAACCUAUAACCUGCUGCCUUCUUCGAACAUGUAUUGCAUUUUACUAUUAUCCAAACACACUUGUUUGAUUUUGAAACUAAAAUGAAAGGAAGAAUGUGGAGGCCAAAGAAGUCAAGUCGUGGCGCUUUGUUCUAGAA